AAGUGUCGAUCUGCCAGAAGGAGUGACUAGGAACGACGGCGUGCGCGAGUCGAUCGCGCACUAUAUCCAUAUCCUCCCAAAUCGCGCUUGCCCUUCGCGGGGCUGUGGGCUGCCAAGGCUGCGCAUUAUCAUGUACUCCGGCGGACAAGGAGCAACACAAAUAUGCCCGAAAGCACGCUCUGGAACCGGACCCCGUCUGACGACGCGUUAAAUAUCUGGACACGCCUCCCGCCACACCCAGCCUUCGGUCUCCUCGUUCUCCCCCAGCAGGGUCGCCCACACUCUAUCCACACUAGGAGUCUAUAGUAGCAAAAUUCGCCUGUAAUCAACAUGAUGUACUGGUUGCAAAUCUUCCGUCUUGCUGUCCUAUCAUGGGUUAUCCUCUGUGCCAUCAUCGAGCUUGGGCUGGGUGCGCAUUCCCUCGCGGCCGUGUCGACGCUCGACCUCCCCACCUUCGCGUGGACGGGUCUCGGCGUGGCUGUUGCUGUUCUCACCCUCCUCACCCUGCCCGCGAUGCUGACGAUUGACCUCAUCCGGACGGGUGCGUUCACCUCGCUGAUCGUGGUCGAACUGUCGUGGUUCGGUUUCCUCGGUGUCCUGUUCCUUGCUACGGGUGGCUCCGCCGCCGACCGGGCCGCAAACUUCUGGGUGACCUGCGACCUGUGGACCCCCGCCGAGGCACGCAACAUCUGCGCAGAGACGUCUGCCGCUGCCGCCUUCGGUAUUCUGGCAUGGUUCUUCCUGUGGGCUUACUCGACCACGCUCCUCGUCAUGCUCAUCCUGCACGCGAGCCGUGGCCACUACGUGUGGAAUACCUCCGUGAAGGAGGCGAACUUCGGCGCCGGCCUGCCGCCCAAGACGACGACCGCCCCCGUGGUGAACGCGUACGGCGCGGAGGCGAAGCCGCACGAGAACGCGUCGCUCAACCCCGGCCAGGCACCGUACGCGUACCCCCCGGGCACGGCGCCUGCGCCGACGGGCUACAUCUCGCCCCAGACGACGGGCUACAACUCGCCGCAAACGACGGGCUAUGGCCAGCCGGCGGGUGCGCACCCCAGCGCAUACCCCCAGGUCUGAGCCCAGGUGGUCGGUGACGUGUGUAUGUGUGGUUGACUGCUGCUUGUUUCUUUGUGUAUAAUUUCCGGUCCGAGGACGUUGUGUCUGGGCUUGACGACUCUGCUACAUCUAUACUAUCGGUGACUGCAAUGAAUGAUUCUUUUCUCACUUCGCGGUCCCCUGUGUACGUCUGCAAGGGACAUGCUGUUUGCUCGAGCGGUUGUGCCGACAUACGCCAGAACCGCAGAUGGCUUACAUGUCAUUCUUGAAUGGACAAGCGCUCUGACGCUGGGUGCAUGAACGUAUGCUGUGGUCCUGGGUGGAUAGAUAUACAAAUACAUGUCUAUUGUGCCUCGAUCGAGAAGAUACUGCUCUCAAU